CUAUAACGGUUUGAAUAGGGAGGGAGGGGGAGAAUCCAAUCCGGUUUGAGCUAGUUCUUCUUCCAAUGGAACAUUAACGUCUCGCUGCGCUGUAUUAGACUGUACUGGUACAGCUUUAUCCACAAUAUAGCCUGCAACUGUAUUUUCAGCUGUAUUGACUUACAUUUAGCCGUUUUUCUUUCUUAAAAUCACCACACGCAAACCAACCAUGCCUAAAAGGAGCAGAACAGGAGGAGACUCAGCGCCCAAGAGGAGAUCUCUCAGGUUGAAAGAUCAGACACCUGAACCGGCAAAGGCAGAGGCCAAACCUAAGCCAAAGAAGGCACUGGCUAAGCCUAAGAAAGCCAAGGAGGUGGAGAAGGCCAAGCCUGAGGAGAAAGCACCAGAGGCCCCCGCUGAGAACGGAGAAGCGAAAGCCGAGGAGGAGGCACCGGCUACAGACGCAGCUGAACAAAAAGAUGAGGCAGCAGAAUAGCAUCUCUCCAAACACAUCUUUUACCAGUGCUCCCUGUACCUCUUUUCUUGUACAAUUCAGGGGAUAUUUUUAUCAACUAUUUUCUAAAUACAGGUUUUUUAGUAGUUUGAUUGUAGAGAACACUUUUUUUUAAUGAAAGAAAAAAGUCAAUUUGGAGACGGGAAUUUCGUCACAUCCCACAAUUUUGCAUCGCCAUACAAAUUGCGGUCAUUGUUGUUACUGUCAGUGGAUCUCAUUUCAGUUUUAAAUGUGAAGGAGGGGAGGGUGCAGGUCGGGUGUCAAGUUCGUCAAAACGCGAGCACGACGUUAAGGAGCUGGGGAAACAACGGGAAGAGAUUACAUUCCAUAUGCUUUAUAAGGGACUGUAUGUAAUCUGUGCUGGGGGGGGUGGACAAAGUCACAGGGAAACUCAUUGUUUUAUUGUUUCUAAUGAAGAACAGUGUUUUAGAAUGUUUGUAAGCUUUGUUCCUAUAUGUUAACUCUUGUACUCAUGCCGUUUUCUUAAUAAAUUUGAUCAAUAAAGCUAAAAUCCCUAGUACUGGAGCUCUCCUUAUCAGACGUGCAUCGCGUGUGUUGGUUGUGUCUGUUCUGUGAUAGCAUCGCAAUAAAUUUGUAUAGCUGCUGUGAAAAGGGUUUUCAAUCUUUCUAUACGCAGUGUGUAACGAUACAUUGUAAGGAUGGUAAAAAUGGAAUUUGUUUUCAUAGCCACGUUUAUGCGGUGUGUAACCAUACAGAGCAAACUGGAGACUGGCUUCCUUAAGGCCGACAGAAAAACUGUACAUUUAUUUGAGAUGUCAAAUGCAUACCAGCAGUAGCAAUAUUCAUGUGGGUUUUAGAUAGUGUGCUGUUUCUUUUGAUUUGUUUAUAGAUGUACCUGUGUAUUGAUUGUUAUCAACAAACCAAUAAAACUUGGUUGGUAGUUGUUA